AUGUUCCAAAAAUUGAAGCCGGGAAAAUUAAAGCCAGAGGAUAAACAGGCUAUCGCCGUUGACAGACAGCGAUAUGAAAGCCCGGUGGCGCCGAAAGGCGACUCUGAAGGGGAGCAUGGUGGCGGAUCUGUGGCGGGGCGGGUGAAGGUGCCCCCGUCGGACGAGAAGGGAAAAGAUGUGCCAAAGCAGGAAAGCGAUUCGAAAGAAGUGGAAAUUGAGGUGGAAUUCAAUUCCAUACUGAAGAGAUCGCCAAUCAUUAUAUUCUCAAAGUCCUACUGUCCCUACAGCCGCAAAGCAAAAUAUAUUCUCCUCGAAAAGUAUAGCAUUGUCCCUGCGCCCUUCGUUGUCGAAUUAGACGAGCACCCGCUCGGGCAGGAGCUACAGGCCUUGCUGUCGAGCAAUACUGGGCGCAGGACUGUUCCAAAUGUCCUCAUCAACGGCAAGAGUAUCGGUGGUGGGGACGAUAUUGAAGCACUUGAUAUCUCGAGGGAACUAGCCCCGAAAAUAAAGCAGAUGGUUGGAAGAAGAUUGGUGGAGGCAAAACGGAUUGAUGAUAAGCCGGUCUAA